UUCCACUUAAUUAAAAUUAAAAGGACUAAAAUGUGUAUUUAGCAUAACUUGCAGGGCAAUUUUCCUUUACCUUUGUUUCCCUCUUUACUCUGCAACACAGUUUCCCUCCCUCCAAAUGAAACACUCAAAAAAUGGAGGUGGACCCGUGGGAAGCUUUGGAUCUAGACGAUUCUGAUAUCCCAUCUCUUCUCCGCCCCUGCAAACGCCUCCGUUCCGCCACCCAAUCCACCACCACCGCCCCCGCCGCCGCCGCUGCUUCUGCUCCUGCAGACCACCCUCUUCCUCAAUUACCCUCCUCCCAACCCCCGGCGAAAAACCACCCCGAAUUACAACUACAAACGCAACCACCGCCUUCCACCUCUCGCCUCCGCACCAUCCCUGGACCCGCCGGAGCAGUUCAAGCGGCGGUGCUUCGCAAAGAACUCGACCGUCAGACUCAUAAAAUUUCCAACUAUCCAGACCAUAACGGCGAUGAUUUUAGCGGUAAGCAUCAUAGCGAUGGAUUGAUUUCAACCCAAGACUAUAUACGGAGGGCAAUGGAAGACACUGCCGAAUUCGACGAUGAUUUUACCUGCGAACCCUGGCUCUCUGCAGUUCAAUUUCUCGGUGAUGAUAAUGGUCUGGUUCGGAGUACGCCUAUCAGCUCUAUCAAGAAAUGCAUCGAAGGGGGCAAGGUUGUUCAGGUUGUGGCUGUUGUUAAGUCAUGCACACCCAAUGGUCUUGGGGGUCUGAUGGUGUUGCUGAAGGACCCCACUGGUACAGUUGGUGCCAGUGUUCAUCACAAGGUCCUCUCUCAGACUGAGUUUGGAAAGAACUUAACUGUUGGUGCAGCUCUAAUACUUCGGGAGGUUGCUAUUUUUGCCCCUGCAAGGUCAGCACACUAUCUCAACAUAACAUUGAGGAACGUGGUGAAGGUAUUCUGCCAAAACAGCGGCUCUACUUCAAAACUGAAUAACUCUGCGUAUCCCAUCCAAUAUGCUGAUCCUGGUAUUGAAACUUAUGGGAAGGCGAAAACAACGGAGAAGAUGCCCACAACGCAAACUAUGACAACGAAAGACAUAGAAAAGAGGCAAUGCACGAGUAAGAUUAUCAAUUCGCAGAAUUUGAGUGUCACUCAGAGGCAGAAUAUUUUCACCGGAAGUGUUCAAUCCAACAAUGGAUCUGGAGUCAAUGCAAGUGCAGCUAAAAUGGGGCGUAUAAAUGUAAGCCAAGAUAUUUUCGGUAAAAUAGCUGAAGGCAUAAUCAGAACCGGAAUUAGUAGUGACAACCAAGAGUGCGUGAAAAAAGACAGUGUCGAAGAAAUUGAAGGAACCAACAAUUUGACCAACUCUGUUACAAAAGGUAGCGUCGAAGAAAUUGUAGGAACGAACGAAGUAGUCGGGACACAAAAGCAGCCUCAGAUAUUGAAAGGCUCUCUGCCACAGUGGACAGAUCAACAGUUGGAUGAACUUUUUGCAGACGAUGAAGAUGCUGCCUCUUUAUUUUCGUAGAGAGAAUGUAAAUACCCAUUUUCUGGUUGUGAUUAUGAUUUCAGUUUACAUCUUAAAAACCUUUCUUUUGAUAAUUUUUUUUCUUGGGGUAAAUGCAAUUUGACAUAAAAGCAUUGGUAUCUUUUUUACUGUACUUUGUCAACUCAAGUAUAAAAUUUGCACUUUGCCAUCUAGAUCAUUGAUAAAAGAAAAUGAUGGUUAUAUGAUGAUCUUAUGCCACCA